UACGCAUGUAAACUGAAAGCUUCAGUCGAUAAUUUUCCCAAACACCGCAAACAGAUAAAUUUACGCAAAUGUAGUGGCUAGUGUGAUUUUAAUAAAGUAUAUCGAUUUGGCACAACCCCGAUUCGUUUUUUUUAAUAUGGGAAGCAAAGACACGACUGGACUGGUAUUAAACCAAGCAACAACUGUGGUCUUCGUUUUAUUAUUAUUUAUCGAAACAGCACACAGCAUCGACUGUUUCAAGUGUGUCUCCCAGAACGGCCAUUUUCCAGCGUGUGAUGAUCCAUUCCACAACAACCACUCCCUCCAGAUGCUGGAGUCACCAUGCAUGGGAGGCAGGAAGGGUAGAGACGGCCUCUUCCCUGCAACCUCCUGUAUAAAGAUAGCUGGCUUCUUCGAUGAUACAGGGGAGACUAUAACAGUGAGAGGGUGUGGUUUGGACUCCGGCACUGCGACCACAGACACAGAAAUCAUUAGAAUGUCACACUGUGGCCGAUUUUAUUAUAAUGACAGAUACGUCCACGGCUGUCUUCAAAGCUGUAACGACGCAGACGCUUGCAACACUACCACGAGAACAUCACCCGUCCUUCUACUAAUUGUUUUCAGUAUUUCUCUAUGCACAUAUCUCUUUAGCUAACAUAUCUGUUUAAUUCUUAAGUAUCAAGUAUUUGUAGACCAAAAAUAAAAAUUAUCAUAUCAGAUUAAGUAUCGUUCUGUCGCUAUAAAUAUUAUUCUGUAUCUGUGUCUAUUGAAAAGGCAUCAAUACUUAUAUUGACGCCAUUAACAAAUGCAACGCUAAGGCUUCUAAAGUCAAACCUGACAAAAAUACUAUGUUAAAGUAGCCACAGUUCAAACCAAGAGAAUCUGUAUAGAGGAUGAAAUUCGUAAAAACCAUUUUGACAGCUGUCACUCAGUUGUCAAUGCUUUGCAAUUAAGGCUUGGAAACUGAACUUGUUGAAACUGUUCGGUUUUUUUCUACCUUUAAUAAAACGCUUCUUACCGUUUUCACUCAGAUAUAAAAUAAUAGACAGAAAACUGUUUUAACUAUUAAUAACCGUUGGAUCGGUUGUCCAAAGCUUUGUUGUUGUAAAACCUCAGAGUACUUAACAAGCUCGAAGAAAUGUCACAGAAUGACAAGUGACGCCAUUUUAAUUGUUUUCUGUAUUGACUCGGCUUAUUAACUUCACUGUAAUGCACGAAUUAGUACAAAAUAAAACCAACUUGUAUUAGUUAAGACAAUUUAUUCGAUGUUUCUACACAAUUAUGUAUAAAAUGUAUAUAAAUCUAUACACUCUCAA